AUGUGUACCAGUUGUCUGGAUAGGUCUGAGCUCUAGCUCCCACCCUCCUCUGCCAUUGGCCGCCCCGCUGUCAUAUUCUCAUGACCAAUAAACGAUGGGGAAUCGUGCUCUUCCGGUCAGUGGACUAACAGUCUAGGCAAACGCAGCAGCACUGCACGUCGUGGAGCAAUGGUGCUGGGAGAAUCGAGACGUUAGUUUAUGAAACGGCAAAAAGGAGACACGGACAAGGAUCCCGCAUCUAACGGAGAAUAUGAGCAAGAAGGAGGCGUCAUGUCGACCCGCUUCUUUGAAGUUUACCAUUGACAACAUCCUCAACUCCAAGUCGAGUAGCAGAAACUCUGAUAGCCGUCAUUCAAAGACAUCUCUUGUAGUGUGUCGGGAUGGCUGUCUGCAUCAUCCCGGAGGCAGCGGGGAUCAAUGCAAAGAAGAGGCAGAGGCAGGAUUGCACACCAUUGAUAAAGUCAACAGAGAGGGAGAUGGAACCGUGGACGCGCUCAAAACCGUCGACACGCGCAGCAAGAGCGCGGACAGCUGCGAUGACAGGCAACAAAAGAACAACGGCAAGAAGAAUAAACUGAUGACAAAAAAGAAAACGCGCACUAUCUUUUCAAAAAGACAGAUCUUCCAACUGGAAUCUACCUUUGACAUGAAACGCUAUCUGAGCAGCGCGGAGCGCGCGUGCCUGGCGAACUCUUUGCAGCUCACCGAGACUCAAGUCAAAAUCUGGUUUCAGAAUCGACGGAAUAAAUUAAAAAGACAACUGUCUACUGAACUGGAGGGACCGACUAGCGAUUUCAGUGAUAUUGGAAAGACGGUACCGCUCCCAGCUUUAUAUAAAGAGAAUAAUCUGCUCGGAAGGUGCAUGCUUCCAGUGCCUCUACCAGUCGUGUAUCCUGGAGGUAGCGCGCCUUACUUUUAUUUCUCAAAUGCCAGCAAGUAUUUCAGCCUGUUUGAUGGAGAUAUAUGACUUAGAAAAGACCCUUGCACAGGGGACAAAGUGUAGCUCUUAUAACAAAACCGACAACACGGCCCAACUUAAAUUUUGAUAACAAACAUUAUCGGCCUUUUUGUGUAUUUUGCUGAGAACAUUGUUCAGCUAUUGGCCAGUAAAGAAGCUGGCUUGUAUUUCUAUGCAAAAGCCUAUUUUAUUUAUUGUAUGCUGUACAAAAUUUUAUUAAAAUAAUAACACCUAUCAUAUUUCAGUGCAUCACAUAUACUGGCAGAAAUGCCAGUGCCAAUCACCCUGUCUUCACAUGGCAGGAAAUUAUAACACAAAUGUUUUACUGUUUACAUUAUUAUUAUUAUUAUUAGCCUAUUAUUACAACUCCGCCAGAGACAGAUUAUUGAUGCAUGCCUUUGUAUUUUAAAUGGCCCUCUAAUUCCAAAAUGAGCACCUGAAACGUAUUUAAGUGAAUGUAUUGGCUAUUUUACAUUUAACGCAUGUUUGUAUGUUUAUUCCUUUUAGUUUUUUAUCGUUUUCAGUAUAACCUAAGUAGGCUUAUACUACCAGUAUUUACAUCUUUUAUCGAGUGUCAUUAAAUCUUCUGUUUUACACUUGCUUCAAAAGAAAACUUUUGUGUCCUGGCUUUUUUGUAUUAGUAACUUUUUAUCAAUUAAGAACGUUAUAUAUAGGCUAGUUGUUGUAGUUUGAGGCUAUUUAUUAAACACGUGAGCCUCAUUAACAACGUUACAGUUGCAUGUUCUUGCGGAAUUAUCUAUGGCAAGCCAACAAAAUCUCACCGUAAAACAAAGUAAAUUCCGAUGACCAAGCCUAUUAUACUCGGACUAAGUCUCAGGGUUACAGACCCCAACGGGCGGCUUAUUUCACCUGAGGAUUUAUCCUCGAACUCUGUAAAAAGUACAAACGCGGACAUGUAUAUUGCCUUACAGUGAACUAAAGCAUCAAUAAAUGUUCGUGCAAAUAUUUCAAAGCUCUAUAAAGUGCAUUUUUACACGCACAGUGCUUUAUGCAACCUACUUCAAAUGUUUCACGUCAUAAUAUAGCCUAAGAGUAGGCUAAACUUCACUCAGUGUUCAUAAAUACAUUUUAAAACGAAUAGCUGAGAUUAAUUUACGUGGUUGU